AUGAUCCCCAGUCUUCCCAACCAAUUCAUUCCGCUUCCAAAUACCAUAUUUAAGAACCAGUCCCUGAAAGUCCGACCGCUCGAUAACGCACUCCGCGACAACGCAGUUUGUCAAGGUAGCUCGCUCGAUUUGACUGCUCGAGACCGUCGUGCUGGUUACUACACUCCGCUUCACCGCGCUCUGGUCUUGAAUGACCGACUGUCCGAUUGUGGAUCGGUGCACCGAGCUUUGACUUUGUAUAAUGCUGUUUGUAAUAUCGCUGCGCUCGACCGAGGCCGCGUCGUGGAACUGCGAUUUUUGACCCGUGCUCCGGCUCACGUCUUCCGUCUUUGA